AUGGCUACCGGAGAAGGAGUAGAAGCGGCCGGAUUCGGACACUUGCGGGAAGAUAUUAUUCAUCGAAUACUGUCUUUCCUCAACGACGAUGACAAGAAGAAAGCCCGUGAUUUAUGGAAGAACGACUGGUCAGUUGCUUAUUAUAGUUACCCGAAAUUGUGGUUUAAUGACCGUGGUUACAGGGGAGAAAACUCUGACUAUGAUGAAUUCCGGCAGGAUAUCGAAAACGCUUUGUUGAGAUACACUUCUGGAGGGAUUUUACUGCCUUAUCAGUUGAGAAUAACCAAACUAUCCCAUCACGAAGAAGACGCAGCUCGCUUGGACAAAUGGCUCAAAUUAGCUGUAGAGAAUGGGGUCAAAGAGUUAGAGCUCCAGCUCUUCCAUCAAUAUCCUGCGGCCUACAUUGUACCGGAUCGCAUUCUUGAAUCUAAAUCUCUAGCAAUGUUGUCCCUCCGAAACUGCGAGUUCCAGAAAAAGUUGAUCAAUGUGCAGAGUUUGUUUCGAAACAUCCACACAUUGAUCUUGGUGCUCGUAUCAAUUGAUGAACCUGUCUUACUUCCUUGA